AUGUUGACGCUCACAUGUUGUUGUUACACGUGAGAUUGCUUUGAUGGGGUGGUCUCUGAUGACACAGCUAGCAAGAUCGCCAAUCACUGGUCUUACUAAAUGACGGCUCGAGUUUCCCUUUUUUUUUUCCGGAACACGAGGGUUGAAAGUGCCUCACCUACAAAUAAAUUCAUAUUUUGAGUAUUUUGCGUAAUUUUAUUUAUUUUGGAUUCACUUUACUGCCCUUCUUAGUACAGAUAAACAGGUUUAUUCGAUUACAUUUUAACUAUAGUUUAGUUUUCUUUUUUUUUUGUUCUGAGAUGAAGCAGUACGCAAACGUGCCGGCAUUCUUGUCUAAACUGUGGACUCUAGUUGAGGACUGUGACACAAACGAGUUCAUCUGUUGGAGUCAGAAUGGCCAGAGUUUCCUGGUAUUGGAUGAACAGAGGUUUUCCAAAGAGAUUUUACCAAAAUAUUUCAAGCACAACAACAUGGCAAGUUUUGUCCGACAACUUAAUAUGUAUGGCUUUCGCAAAGUGGUCCAUGUUGACGCAGCUUUUGUGAAGCAGGAAAAAGAUGGACCAGUAGAAUUUCAGCAUCCGUAUUUCAGACAAGGGGCAGCUGAUUUAUUAGAAAAUAUUAAAAGGAAGGUGUCUGCAACAAGGCCCGAAGAUGGUAAAGUGCGAUCAGAAGAUCUUAGUAGAAUUUUGAACAGUGCACAGCAGGUUCAAGAUAAGCAAGAGAGCCUGGAUUCUUGGUUGUCCACUUUGAAGAUGGAGAAUGAAUCAUUGUGGAGAGAAAUGUCAGAUUUACGGCAGAAACAUGCACAGCAGCAACAGGUUAUUCGAAAGAUUGUUCAGUUCAUUGUGACUUUGGUACAGAACAAUCGUAUCAGUCUAAAACGUAAAAGGCCGUUAAUGAUUAACACUAAUGGAAGCGCAAAGCCAAAUGUACUACAACAGAGCAUUCAGGAUCCAGUUGGCAAUGGCAAGGUGUCUUUAAAUGAGAUAAAUGGUUUAAAAAAGAGGGACCAACUUUCAGAUGAUAUUGUCAUCUAUGAUGUUACGGAUGACUGUGAAGAGGAGCAGGUAGAAGAUAUUAAUAACUCAGAAGAAACGUCUCCACGAUCAGAACAUUCUUAUGCAUCUGUAAUCUUAGAAGAUGAUGAUGAUGAUGAUGAUUAUGAUGAAGAAGAUGAAGUUGAAUGUCUGGAUAUGGCUAUUGUGGACAGUAAUGACACCACAGAACAUAAAGAUACACCUCCAGUUACACAUGCAAACGAAACAGAUAAAGACAGUGCAGUAAAUGAUAACAUGGAUGUCAGCCCUGUUGUUAGCAGUGUUAUGCAGUUGCACAAAACAUCAGAUCUCACUUCAGAGGAUCCUGUGACUAUGAUGGAUUCAAUUCUGAAAGAAAGUGGAAUAAUUUCACAGAACAUUAAUCUUCUUGGCAAGGUUGAACUAAUGGACUAUCUAGAUAGCAUAGACUGUAGUUUAGAAGACUUCCAGGCACUGCUUUCAGGAAAACAGUUUAGCAUGGAUCCAGACCUUCUAACUGAUAUCCCAGAUCCUUUGAAGAAUGGAAGUGGAAUACAGUCUGCAUCCAGUGAUAAAUGUUCAGGCCCUAAUUCAGAUAAGCAACUUAUCCAGUAUACUUCAUUCCCACUUUUUGCACUUGUUGAUGGAAAAGGUUCACCCUCUGAAGUGGAUAGCUCUCCAGCAGAAUUAUUGACCACAAUGGACAAAUGUUUAGAAGAGGAAGAUGAUUUACUUGACACAAACCUUGAUAUGAAACCACCACAAAGCAAGCUUGUUCGUCUGGAACCUUUAACUGAAGCUGAAGCCAGUGAAACUACACUUUUUUAUUUGUGUGAACUGACUUCUGCACCUAUCGACAGUGACACAUCUCUUUUAGAUAAUUAGAGCUAUCCAGUUUUGUAUAUGUUCAUCAAAAUGAUGAGAUUAUUUAUUUGGUAUCAUUUGGUACUUUCUUUUAUUUUAAACGAUCCUUUUUACAUUAUUGAAUAAUUUUGUCAGCAAAUGAUGCAGAUUAUUUCUUUGUUUAGUUGUUUGUGUUCAGAAUUCCUUUUGUUGCCAUUUAAAGUUAGCUUGUCACAUGGCAAAAAAGCUUUGUGCUCAUCAGAAUCAAUUUAUGAUUUUUGAAGGGAGGAAGCUGAUGGUUUUCGUGUGUUAAUGUUCAGUUUAUUUAUUUAAAUGUAUGUCGGUAACUGGUCCUUUUGCAUAGAUUCACCUCCAUGUCUAAUAGUUUAAAUUUGUUAAACAUCUUCACAGUAGCUUAAAUUCAACAGCUGCAGUACUUACCGUGACUUGUUUGUUUUUCAUUUCGAUCUUAUGUUCGCACUACUUUCACUGUAGAAAAAACAUUAAUGUUGUGCUUAUCACUAGUAUUUUUGUACAUAUUCAUUUCACUAAUUUUGUGUUGAAGUGUUUAUAUAUGUAUGUCAUAACAAUUUGAUUUGGAGUAAAUUGCCUUUUUUGACAGUUGAAUAAACCUGGCAGCCUUUUGUUACA